ACAGUAAUUCGGCCAUACCAUUGGCCAAGGUGUAACAUCUACUGUAGUAACAGCAGAUAUAAACAAAGACUAUUAUCCGAUAGUAGUGAUAAAAUAAUAAGAAGAAUGUCUUUAGAUUUAGGAGAAGAGGAUUUAAGAUCAGUUUUCGAACUUUGUGACCAACAGAAAAAUGGUUAUAUAUUUGUAGAAGAUUUCAUUGAUUUAGCAAAAAAGCAUUUUUGUGAUGAUAAUGAACAGAAUAUUUCGAAUGUUGUUGAGUUUCUUGAUCCAGAGAAGGAUGGUAAAAUCUAUUUUAAAGAUUUCUGCGAUGGUGUAAAACGCAUUUUAAAUACUCAACAAACAACUACAGCGCCCCAAACUCCAAAUUUGAAAAGAAAUUUAGAGAAUGGAAAAAUUUGUAUAGAAGAUAAUAGUGAACAGUAUGUCAGUAACACUGCUAUAACUCCCGGUGAUGCCUCUGAAUCAUCAUACACAUUUAACGAAUAUGAUUUAACCGACGAAGAUGGUCAGUAUUCACCUCAGGCUUCGCCACCUAAGUUAUUAAUAUCAGAUGACUUGGAUCCCGACUGCGGACAUCUUAAUGGGUUUAAUGGAGAAGAGAACUUUGAAGACGUUGGUAAUGGAGACUUAGAAGCUCCACUAUCAGUUCUCAGAUCAAAACAUAGACGAUAUCCAGGAAGUGGAGAUAGUUGGCCAUUUUGUAAAAAAAAUCCAAAAUAUGCAAGACAUUCUAUUGGCGGAGUGUUAAAUAUGUGGCAACAUCAAACAGAUAAAUCAUCAAUAAGUCUCUCUUUAUCGGACAGCCGGAGGAGUUCCGUAUCGGAUGAAGAUAGAUAUUAUGAAGAUAUUGAUGGAUCAUUUAAAGUUUUGAAUGGCAAGGUUGAAUCAUUAGAAUCUCAAAUUAUGACUUUGACCGAAAAUCAACAGAAAAAUGAUCAAAGUCAAAAUAGAAUUAAGUAUGAAAAUCAAUCACUAAUCGAACGAAUUCAUACGUUAGAAAUGGAAUUACACGAUGUUGAGGAACGCUCCCAGAAAAGGGUUGCAGAAGAAGAAGUUAAAUAUAGAGAUUUAUUGAACCGAACUGAUAAAGAGAAAGAACGAGAAAUACAAUUAUUAUCCGCAAGCUUGCAACAUAUGGAGUCCGAAUACAGUCAAUUAAAAGAGGAAAAUCCUAGAUUGCGCUUGGAAAAUGAAAAGCUUCGAAAGGAAGGGAGACUAUAUCAAGCGAAACUUGAACAAGCUGAACUUAAUUUGUCAGCUGCUAUUAAAGAGCGUGAUGAGUACAAAGGAAGAUUAAGAGAGAUUAAUAAUGAAUUGAAGUUGGAGCGUAAUGUUAAUACUCAGCUAGUCGACGAAUUAAGUAAAGAAUUAGAAGAUUUAAGAGGAUGUACUGAUGUUAGACAGCGAAGACCAAGUAGUCCUGAUUCAAUGAAUUAUCCACCGAACUAUAGAAGACAAUUAGAAAGUCUUGUAAUUCGUCUUAAAGAGGAAAAUGCUAGAUUAAAAGAUCAAAAUGAUGAUUUACAAGCUCAGUUACUUGGUCAUACAAUAAUUGAAGGUCACACAUUACUCACUUCAGGCACUAGCCUAGCAGAUGAGAUUGAUUGUAUGCCUAAAGAGGAGCUAACGAAGGCUUUAAGGGAAACUCAAGAGGCACAUAGGAAAUUGCAAGAAUAUGUUGAAGAUAUUACACUUAGGAUCAUCAACAAGAAUCCGGCGUUGUUAGAGAAGCAUUGACUAGAGGAAAGAAAUCGAUCAACCAAAUUUCAAGGGGUGGUCGAUUUCUUCAAGAAAAAAGCCGGACUGGUAAAAAAAUCUCCUUCAAAGUCUGUUGGAGAUGGAAAUUGAAUCGUUGUUAUUACGAAAGAAGUAAAAUAUCUUUGGUCUAUAUUAUCUUCUUGGCGUUUCCCAUAAAUAUUUCUUUUUUUUGUAUAUGUAAACAAAAUCUAGAAAACUAUAUCUAUCUCAAUUUUUACACGUUCAAAAAACUGAAGGACUAGUUGUCCUUUCUCUUCAUCAUGCAGAAUCCACUGUUAAAGCAAAAUUGUUAUGUGAUAUUAAUUAUUAAGAAAUGAAUGUUUUGCAAAAAGACAUUCAACACCAACAACCAAUACAUAUCAUUCAAUUUGCAUAUAUUAUUUUUUGUAUAUAGACUGUGCCUUAAAUGUCAAUUCAAAAUAAGAAAUUGUAAAUUGUGAUGUAAAUAGUUAUAUCUGGGACUGUGAUUUACCACAAAUUGUUUGUUUUAUCUUACUAUUCUAUAUUUCUGUCAAAAUGUUGUAUAUUUUUUGUUUUUUUUUACAAAUGUGGUCAAUAUUUUUCUAGUUUCUUUUUUUAUUCUAUUAAUUUAUGUAGGUUAUUAGCUUGAUUCAAUGAACACAUAAGUUUUGCUUGUAGAUAUACAUGUUAAUUUAUGAUUGUGGUACAUUUUUUUUAUCAAUUUAUCAAGUUCUAAUGACUGAAAACAGUUUAUUUAUUAGUCAAAAUAAAUUUAUUGAUAAAUAUUCAAAAAAAA